GAAAGAAUCUGAAAAUUGAAAGGAAAGUCCAGUUUCUGGACUUGAAAUGGCGUACAUUUCAGGGCUUCUCUCUGUUUUCCCACUGCGCCAUUUAUACCUCUCUUCUUAUCUCAGUUUCCAAUCCACUUCAUCAACUCUCUCAAUCUCAUUAUUCAGUCUUCAUUCUAACCCCAACAAGAACAACAGUUUUCAGAGUUUACAGAGAUGGAUGCAUUGGAAGUGAACAAGCAAUUGCUUGGGGAAAUUGAAGACAUGGGAUUCCCACGUGCGCGGGCAGCUAAGGCACUUCAUUAUUCAGGCAAUACUAGCCUUGAGGCUGCCAUAAAUUGGAUCAUUGAUCAUGACAACGAUCCAGACAUCGACCAACUGCCACCCUUGAUAGCAGUGAACAUUGAUAUUGAGUCUCCUCAACCAUCUCAAACUAACGAGGAAACGCAGAAUAAAGUGCAAGAAUUGAGGGAUCAAGCUCGCAAGAGGAAGGAAGACGAAGAAAAGAAACUAGAAAGGGAAAGGGAGAAGGAAAGGAUUCGAGCAGGUAAGCAAAUCCUUGAGGCAAAGAGAAUUGCUGAGGAUAACGAAAGAAAACGUUAUUUAGCCUUGAGGAAAGCAGAAAAAGAGGAAGAGAAAAGGGCAAGAGAGAAAGUUCUUCAUAGACUAGAAGCUGACAAGGCAGAAAGAAGGCGGAUGCUUGGUUUGCCACCAUCAGUUAGCCAUACAGCCAUAAAUCCUUCCAGAUAUGUUGUGAAGGAGAAAAAGUUGCAGAACUUUUUUCAUUCUGCUACUAAGGCUGAGGAAUUAAGGGAAUGUUUAAGGUCUAUCAGGCGCAAUCACAAGAAUGACGAUGCUACAGUUCAAAGGGCCUUCCAAACUCUUCUGAUUUAUGUGGGAAAUGUUGUGAAGAAUCCUGAUGUAGAAAAAUUCAGGAAAAUCCGAAUCAGCAAUCCAAUAUUCCAGGAUAGAGUUGGAAGAUUAAAAGGAGGCAUUGAGUUUCUUGAACUUUGUGGAUUUGAAAGAAUUGAAGGGGGCAAAUUCUUGUUUCUUCCUCGCGACAGGAUUGACUUAGCAGUAUUAAACUCAGCAGGAUCUGAAAUAAGGUCUGCAAUAACAAAUCCCUUCUUUGGUCUCCUCUCUUGCGAGUAGGUGAUGAUUUGUGCCAUGUUAGGACUGGAUUCUGUAAAUUUGGUGGAAAACUUGAUGAUCAAUAAAAACAGAAAGCAUAGACAUUCAGUAUUCACAAAUUUCCUUAUCGUCCUAUACUGGGUUCCCCUGUUGUUGUAUAAGACUAUUAUGUUGUACAAACCAUUUGGAAAUGAAUUUAUAAUAUUAUCUGGUCUCUUUAUUUUGGAUU